GUCUCUUCGCCUUCGUUUAUAACAAGACUAUGAUUAUUGUACCAAAAAAAAAAAAAAACACUCCUUGACUAUACAACCACACCAUAAUGUCGCCCCUUUCCUGGGGAUUUCCGACUGUAGCGGCGUCCACCUGGCUAGCGAUGCUUCUCGCUAUGUUAGGCCACUGGACUAUGAUCGGCGAACCAAAAUAUGGCCUGAUGAAACCAGGACAGAAUAUACCGUUCAUUUCCGAUAUUGGAGCCCAGGAAUUGAAGCCAUUGUUUAUAAUUGGAUGUAUCACAACAGUACUCCUUUUGAAUCUCUCUUUCUAUCAAUAUGUCCAAAACAAGGGAUAUAUCAACAGUUUGUGCGCACAUGGUUCAUUCCUUUUCACAGUAAUUGGAAGUAUAGGCUUGAUUUUGUUAUCAGUCUUUGACAAUAUUGCCCACCAUUUCAUGCAUGAUACCUGUGUGACAAUAUUCAUUGUGGGGUAUCUAGUCAGUGCAGCCUUGAUGUGCUUAGAUUAUAUCUAUCUAGGCAUCACACAUGCUCUGCAAGAGUCCAUGCUCAUAACAAGUUUUGUGAUUAAAAUGUCUUUCAUUGUCAUUGAACUUGCUCUCAUUAUUGCUUUUCAAAUCACAGAGCACACUCACUACAACAAGAACAACAUGGCUGCUACUCUUGAAUGGGUCAUUGCCUUUGUCUUCACUGGUUAUAUUCUCUCUUUGAUUAUCGACCUGCUGCCAUCAACUCAGAGGAAGCUCCACAAUUCAAAGGGAUAUCAACAACUUGAAAUGAGCACAGACUUGGCUUAGCCCGGCUUAAUUGAACCUUGUAUAGGCGCUGGCCAUCACUUAUAGCGUUGGUUCGUUGACAACCUUUAAAAAUGUACAUAUAUAUAUAUCUGUGCUGCUGAACCCAGAAAGGAAAGGGAUCGUGCCAGGGAACAUUACCAUGUGUUACGGAGCGCAGGCGCUCGCUAGCAGUAUGGCGUGUUUGACCACUUUGACUUGUUUGAAUAUAGGGCAGGAACCCCUUCGCACACACUAGAUAGCUCAGCGCUGGCUGACCCAGCUUCUUUCCUUUCCUUCCUCAUGUUAGUAUUUCGUCAGAUAGUCUACCAAUAGAUUCCUAUUGAACGAGAC